AUGAGGGUUAAACAUGUUGACAAGGAUCUGAUGGCAUCUUGCUGCCGAGAUAGUGAUGGUGCAUGCUACCACUUUUUUAAGUGUGAAAACAAAGAUGUUAUAUGCAUAGCUGGUGUGGUAAAAUGUUCUCAAUAUUGCGAAACAGAUCAAUCUGAUGACGAUUACGACAACGAUGCUCUUCCUGUAACUAGCACAAAAGUCUACAGAAAGUCACGGAGAUCGAGUAGUGCCUGUACGAUGAGCGACACAAAAUCCUUGUUGAAUUGUUGUAAUGUUAAAAAUGAAUGUAAAGUCACAGUAAAUAAAUCAUAUCCGACGCCCUGCGAAGCAAAUAGUUUGGAAAAAAAAUACAAGUGUGUGAAAAUAGUCAAUGGUUGUCCAGGAACAACAGAUACUACAACCCGGAGAGUUACACCCUUAACUACUACACGGCGACUGACUCAAACUUCCACACCACCGCUUAGUACUUCUAGAUUAACAACCACACAAACCAGGACUGUACCUGUUAUAUCUACAAGUCCAUCCACUUCAACAACCCAACCAAAUCCAAGAUCGCUUUCUACCACAUUACGAGUACAGACAAGGACAACUGGAAGUUCACCACGAGUUCGGGGUGGUAAUAAGGAAGAAUUGUCUAUUUUAGAUACAAGCAGUAUAAUUGGCAUUGCAAUAGGAUCUUUAGCUUUGUUAGUCUUAAUUAUACUUAUAGCAGUCCUACUACACAGAAAACGGAAGGCAUUUAAAAUGGAAAAAAACAAAUCCCCAAAAUCAAAUAUUGGAAACAACCCUCAUUAUUUUACGAUUGAAGAAUUUCCAAACAACCAAUACGAGCAAAUCAAUGAUGUUGAUAUUCCGAACCCAACAGAUGACUAUAAUGUAUUAAGGGAAGAUAACUCUGUAAAGACUAACCAAUUCAGUGAUUACAACCAUAUUUCAUCAGCAGUUGCUAAUGGUCAAGUCGGACUAGAUAGUGGUGGUUACAAUCAUAUUGUGUUAUCUAAUGACAGUUCUCCUAAAAUACUCGAUAGUGACUACAACCAUAUCAAGUUGGAAACGGACGACUAUAAUCAGCUAAGGGGACAAAACUCUUUCAAAAAUCCUAAGGCAGACAGUUAUCAUCAUAUUUUAAGACCGAAUGGUGAUGAAGGAAAAUUGUGA